AUGCACGUCAAUUUGCUCGUAAUUCUUAUUUUGAUUUGUGUCUCAUGUCGAUUGAUAAAAACAUCCGAAGAUGAACACCGGUUAGUACAUUAUUUAUUUGCUGAACAAGAUUACAAUCCGUUGAUUCGACCAACACAAUAUUCGAAUGAAACAUUGGUCGUAUCCUUUGGACUGUUACUAGUGCAAUUAAUUCAUGUUUUCGAGAAAGAACAAGUGGUGAAAACGAAUACGUGGUUACACAUGAAAUGGUACGAUCCACAACUACGUUGGAACCCUCAACGAUAUGGUGGUAUCGACAAAAUCAAUAUUCCACAUGCACAUGUUUGGACACCGGACGUUGUUCUAUUGAAUAAUGCGGAUGGAAAUUAUGAAGUGACAUUCAAAUGUAAAGUAGUUCUCAUGCAUACAGGCAUUGUGCAUUGGGUUCCACCAGCGAUUUACAAGUCUUCUUGUCGUAUUGAUGUAAAAUAUUUUCCAUUCGAUAUACAAAAAUGUGAAAUGCGUUUUGCAUCGUGGACGUACAAUGCACGUGAGGUGAUGUUUGAGUAUUACUCCGAAGAAGACGAGAAGAAAAAUGAACUAACGAAACUAUUGCCACAGCAAGUCUACAGUGCGACAAGUAAUGAAUUGUACAAAGAUGAUUAUUUAGAAAGUGGCACAUGGGAUGUCGUUGGUAUACCAAGUCAAUUUGUACAUUACUAUUCCAAUACUUCCAAUCUGUCACCGGAUUAUAUCGAAAUUGUCGUUUUUAUUAAAAUGCGACGGAAAGCGUUGUAUUAUACAGUCAAUUUAAUCGUGCCAACAUUUCUGAUGACGAUUCUGAUAUGCAUCGUUUUCUGUUUGCCGACUGCUGCGGGAGAAAAAAUGACAUUGUGCAUGUCCAUACUUCUCGCAUUGAAUCUUUUUCAACUUCUCGUCACGAAAAUUCUACCACCGACAUCUGCUGUUGUUCCGCUAAUAGCGAAGUAUUUGCUAUUUACAUUUGCAUUGAAUGUUCUUGUGAUUAUCAAUACAGUGAUUAUUACGAACUUCUAUUAUCGAACGUCGAUGACGGACACGAUGCCGAACUGGUUACGAGAAAUAUUUUUGAAUAUUCUUCCAAGAUACCUUUGGUUGGAAUCAUCGAAACUUCGCGAGAAGCGAGUCGGAUACGAAUUGUCCUUAGGUAUCAACGAUGAACAAUUGCAUCAUAUAUACACGAAAGCCAAAGUCAAGAAAGAAAAUCGAUCUGAUUCCUCAGAUACAUCUUACAUCAACAAUAAACGUCGAACAUCGACGAUGUUAAUGAAAAGAAUCUCGCGUCCGAUUUAUCCUCCAAUUGAUGAAGGUGAUGUACGAAAUCCGAAUGGUCGUCAACGUCAAAUAAAUGAAAUGCGACGAGAUUUAAGACAAGCACUCAGUCAUAUUCGUAUCAUUGCUUCAGAUUGUGCGCGUCGAGCUUUACUCGAGUCUAUACGUGAUGAAUGGGAAUCCAUUGCAACUGUUAUCGAUCGUCUGCAAUUUGUUAUUUUUUUCACUAUAACAAUUCUCGGAUCACUUGCUCUACUUUUCCAAGUCUCACAUAUCUUCCUGAUGGAUCAUGGUGAUCCGAAGAAGCUCGUUCGAUUUUCCAAUCCGAAUAUGACCACUCACAAGUUACUUGGCACUGGUCGAACAUGA